CCCGCCCGCCUGCAGAGAGCGAGCGCUGCCGCCGAGGCUCGGACCGACGGGCGGCGGGACGCACGGACCCCGGGGACCAGCGGAGCGCGGGCGCGGGCUGCCGGCGAAAAGGUCUGGGGCGGCGGCUGGUGUACAGGGAUAUUUUUAAGCCAACACUGUGUGACUCACCCGCCCUGGUCCAGGACCCCUCCCAGCCCUGGGGCUUGAUGAGGGGAGCCCCACAUCCGACCAGAAAAGUGGUGUGGGCCAGGCCGUGGGCCCCAGACUCCAGCCACCCUGAGGUCUGUCCUCGAUACUGGCCACCUCCAGGGACGCCAUGAGCCAGUCGGGGUCCAUGAGCUGCUGUCCAGGUGCCGCCAACGGGAGCUUGGGUCGGGCUGAUGGUGUGGCCAAGAUGAGCGCCAAGGACCUGUUUGAGCAGAGGAAGAAGUACUCGAACUCCAACGUCAUAAUGCAUGAGACCUCGCAGUACCACGUCCAGCACCUGGCCACGUUCAUUAUGGACAAGAGCGAGGCCAUCGCCUCAGUGGACGAUGCCAUCCGGAAGCUGGUGCAGCUGAGCUCUAAGGAGAAGGUCUGGGCCCAGGAAGUGCUGCUGCAGGUGAACGACAAGUCGCUGAGGUUGCUGGACGUCGAGUCUCAGGAGGAGUUGGAGAACUUCCCACUGCCCACCGUACAGCACAGCCAGACAGUGCUGAACCAGCUGCGCUACCCCUCAGUGCUGCUGCUGGUGUGCCAGGACUCGGACCAGAGCAAGCCCGACAUCCACUUCUUCUACUGCGACGAGGUGGAGGCUGAGCUGGUGCAGGAGGACAUCGAGAGCGCACUGGCUGACUGCCGGCUUGGGAAGAAAAUGCGGCCACAAACUUUGAAAGGCCACCAGGAGAAGAUCCGGCAGCGGCAGUCCAUCCUGCCCCCAACCCACAACCCAGCCCCCAUCCCCUUCCAGCGCCAGACUGGGGACUCCCCUCAGGCCAAGAACCGUGUAGGCCUCCCACUGCCCUUCAGUGAGCCAGGCUACCGCCGUCGGGAAUCACAAGAGGAAGAGCCUCGGGCAGUGCUGGCUCAGAGGAUAGAGAAGGAGACGCAAAUCCUCAACUGCGCCCUGGACGAUAUCGAGUGGUUUGUGGCCCGGCUGCAGAAGGCGGCUGAAGCAUUCAAACAGCUGAACCAGCGGAAGAAAGGGAAGAAGAAGAGCAAGAAGGGGCCGGCAGAGGGUGUCCUUACGCUGCGGGCCCGACCCCCACCAGAGGGAGAGUUUAUUGACUGCUUCCAGAAAACCAAGCUAGCCAUCAACCUGCUGGCAAAGCUGCAAAGGCACAUCCAGAACCCCAGCGCCGCUGAGCUGGUGCACUUCCUCUUCGGGCCUCUGGACCUGAUUGUCAACACCUGCGGAGGCCCAGACAUUGCACGCUCCGUCUCCAGCCCCCUGCUCUCCUCUGAUGCUGUGGGCUUCCUGCGUGGCCACCUGGUCCCAAAGGAGAUGUCACUGUGGGAAUCUCUUGGGGAGACCUGGACUCGGUCCCGCUCUGAGUGGCCACGGGAGCCACAGGUGCCACCUUAUGUGCCCAAGUUUCACAGUGGCUGGGAACCUCCACUGGAUGUCCUGCAGGAGGCUCCCUGGGAAGUGGAAGGGCUGCCAUCUGCCCCCAGUGACCAGACCCCAGUGAACCGACUGUCCUUAUGGCACUCCCCAAAACACAACCUCUCCUCCGAGUCUACUGCCUUGGAAGACACCUUACCACCAGCCAGCUCCCCACAUUUACACAGGGGUUACCAGCCAACACCUGCCAUGGCCAAGUAUGUGAAGAUCCUCUACGACUUCACUGCACGCAACGCCAACGAGCUAUCUGUGCUCAAGGAUGAAGUCCUAGAGGUGCUGGAGGAUGGCCGGCAGUGGUGGAAGCUACGUAACCGCAGUGGCCAGGCUGGCUACGUACCCUGCAACAUACUGGCAGAGGCUCGGCCUGAAGACGUGAACGCACCCCUGGAUCAGGCCGGCCAGAAAUACUGGGGUCCCGCCAGCCCCACCCACAAAAUGCCCCCAAUUUUCGCAGGAAACAAAGAAGAGCUGAUCCAGCACAUGGACGAGGUCAACGACGAGCUCAUGAAGAAGAUCAGCCACAUCAAGGGGCAGCCGCAGCGCCACUUCCGCGUGGAGCGCAGCCAGCCGGUGCACCUGCCGCUCACCUUCGACUCCGGUCCCGACGAGGUCCGCGCCUGGCUGGAAGCCAAGGCCUUCAGCGGCCGGAUUGUGGAGAACCUGGGCAUCCUGACCGGGCCUCAGCUGUUCUCCCUCAACAAGGAGGAGCUGAAGAAGGUGUGCGGGGAGGAGGGCAUCCGCGUGUACAGCCAGCUCACGGUGCAAAAGGCCUUCCUAGAGAAGCAGCAGAGUGGAUCGGAGCUGGAAGAGCUCAUGAACAAAUUUCACUGCAAGAGCCAGAAGAGGGCAGAGGACAGCUAGACCCGUCCUGCAGUGGGAGAGGAAGCUACACCUACGUUGGGCCCACCCCCAAUGCAUGGAGUAUUAUUUUUAUAUAUGUAUUAUUUUAUACCAAGGACACUGACGGCCUGGGUGGGGCCUGCUAGGCUGCUUUCAGGCAGGGGCCUGUGUACAUGCCCAUCAACACCUGUAGGUGGCCCCUUUGCCACCCCAGCCCCAACCCACACUCACCUGCCCAAACCAAGGCCAGCCUCAGCCAAACUUACUCCUGGCAGUGCCAGCCCCUCACCCACCUGACCCUGAGGCCACAGGACUUCCUGGGUGGGUGGGACCUCAUCCCAUGGCCUCCCCUGUGCACACAAGACCCUCUGCUGAGCUUCAUCUCCACGCCCUCCUCCAUGCUGUUUUUGACUACAUCCACCGGCCGCUCUAUCCACUGAGCCCCACCCUGCAGUAUGGACCGGAGCUCCUGGCCGGCAGGCCUGGUGACCUUGCCUACAGAUUUGCUUCUUACCCCCCCCCCCAACACACAUACACAUGCUGCUAUCACCCCAAGAGCAAUCUGGGCAGGGACUCCAGGACAGACCUUGGAUGCCCUGCUGGGGUGGGGCAUGCUGUGCCCUUUGCCCUUUCAAGGUCCAAGCAUGGACUGGACACAAGUACUGACUUUAGAUGUCCCCGCCCCACCCACAGAGCCUGAGACAGCAGCUGUCUCUGGCCACUCCCAGGUUGCUGGGUCCUGCUGGUGGCUGGUGGGUUUCAGAAUCUGGAGGGAAGGUCUCACUCCGAGAUGAGAGGCCGAGCGCCACAGCUAUGUCAAUAAACCAUUGGUCUCCCAGCAA